GACCACAUCAAACAACCCAAGAAUGCAUUCAUUGUCUUCCGUCGCAAAUGCUGUUUGAAAAAGAAUGAGGCAGAGGCUGCACUACCUGCAGAAGGCGACCUGGUCGCACAACAUCAGCAUCGAGCUGACCUCUCCAAAACAAUCUCAUACCAAUAG